UACGCAACCCCCACGAUGGACAGGAACUACGCGACCUCGGGCUUCGCGGACCCGCCGCCGCCGCCUCCCGCGCCCCCCGCCAGCGCCGCCGCACAGCCCCCCACCCCGACCUGGGCCUACGAACCCCGAUCCGCGGCCGCCGCCGCCAGCAGCAGCUGCAGCAGCAGCGGCAGCAGCCCCAGCCUCAAGGCCAGUUUAAGCUAUGAAGAAGGACAUCCCUCACACUCUGAAACAGAUCUCCUUCAAAGACAGACAUUUGCAGCCUCUCAUCAGCUUCCUGGAUAUGUUCCCACACCUCAACCAACUGGUCUUUCUGGAAUAUUUGAUACUAGUGUGAACAGUGCCAGCACUAACACUAAAGAGUCUUCAGUGAUGAAUUUUCUCUCUACUGUUGAAUCCCGAACUGCUCAGGCUGCUUCUUCAGGAACUAUUUUACCACAGUUCAGGGCUCCAUCCUGGCAGACAGGCAUGCAUUCCUCAGCUGCAACUGAGCUGUUUGUUACUGGACCCUUGCCAAGCACUGGAGCACUUCCACCAUCUGCCCUGUCUGCUUAUCAGCAUCCUGCCACCUUCAGCAAUAGAAACUUCGCUACCACCUCACCUUUGGUGCUUCAGGAUUCAACUUUUAACACUACAUCAAAUGGGAUUUUAAAUCCUCAUGACCCUUUGCUACAAAUCAAGACUUCCCAGGGGACUGUUCCAACUGCAUUGGCAUUUGAGCGCCUGGGUAGUUCUGCAUUAAGUAAUAGCAUACCACCUCAGUCUUCAACAUACCGCUCAGCUCAAGAGUCUGCACCCCAUCUUUUACAACCUCAGUUUAGUUUGUUGCCUUCAGCACUUGGAGGAGCCCAGCAAACUCCUCAAGCCUACAGUUCAGCGCUCUUUACUAGUUCUACUGCUUCCAUUGAAAGAGCUCUUCUUCGAGAAUGUAGUGUUAUUAAACACCAUCAGCGGCCUUCAGGAACCCAGUCUCUUCAGGCACAACUGACUGGUUCACAACAUUCCUUACAUAACUAUCUAUCAAAUGCAAGUGUAGUUAAUUUUCAGGAAACAACCAGGCAGUCAUCUUUAUCCUGCAGCCCGGGUGGAAAUUCUCCUCAGGGGAGCAAUGGAGGACCACAGCAGAAGGCCUCCCAGGUCUCAACAGAACUGGCUCAGUCUUACUCAUCUGCAGUUCCAUCAUCAGGGUAUCCUUCUACUACAAAAGUUAACAGCUGUCCCACAAAACAACCACUGACGUCAGCCAAGACCCCAAAACCUCAAAAUGUAAUUCCUCCGUUACAGACACUAAGCUAUUCCAAACCUUUACAUAACCAGAGUUCUGUCAUAUCGGGCCAAGCACAAAUUUAUUCCACAGCGCAGCUACCGAGCCUCUUAUCAGUUAGUCAGUCCCAAAAUUAUGGCUUAGUACAGCCACAUAACGUGCCAUCUAUUGUUCAUUCACAGGUUUAUAGGUCCAGCAAGGUUGAGAAAUUGCCAUCCUUAUAUAAAACAUUGACUUUUUCUGGGUCAUCUCAGACUGUAACUGCUGAAAAUCAGACACUCAAUUAUUCAUCUAAUCAGCAAGAGGUAUUAUCUUCAGUUACAAAUGAGAAUUACCCUGCUCAAACAAGAGAUCUGUCUUUAGUCAGCCAGUCUCCAAGUUAUUCAUCUGGUCCUUCUCAGGGUUUAUCUCCAGUAAGCCAGGCACAGGUUAGUUAUUCAUCUCAAUCACAGGUUUUGUCAGUUGUUAGCCCUUCAGAAAGCUAUGCCUCAGGGCAGUCUCUGACAUUAACAGCCCCUUCUCUUUCUUACUCCUCUGCUUCUCAGCCUCAAAAUUUGCCAGAUACCAGCCCAACCCAGAAUUACAUUUCUAUGCAUUCCCAGAAUGCUCAGACUCAAGAAUCAUCAUCUCCCCAGUCCCAAAAAUUUUUGCCUGCUGUCCAGUCACCAUCCUUUGCAUCCUCUACUCAUUGUCAGGCAUUACAGAAUAAUAAUAUACCUUCCCCUGACCCAAAGGCUUAUGCUGAAAGAAAACUUGACUCAAAUGUGUACACAUCCUCAAAGCAAGAAGAUGAUUUUCCAAUGCAAGAGUUACAGGUGUUGCAGUCGCAGGCACCUCUUGAGUCAUCAACCCAAAGAGUAUCUGAGGGGAAAGUUAAUGCUCAAGAAACAACUUACAAGGUGUCAAAGGCAGAUGACAGAUAUUCUCAGAGUGUAAUCAGAAGUAAUUCCUGUCUUGAAGAUCAGGUUGUUGGAAUUGCUCUGCAAGGGUCAGAAAAAGAAGAAAGCAUGGUUGGUUCAGUGACUCAACUUAACCAGCAAGUUAGCCAAAUCAAUAAUGCUGCAACCCUUGAUCUUAAGAAGGCAACUAAUUUAAUACAAACUCCACCAAUAAGGUUAAAUACUAAAGAUGUAAACCAGCAGCACUCGCUUAUACGGAAGGUACAUGAAGCCAAGGUCCAGGAGCAGCAUGAUCAAAUAGUUAAUGCCUCAUCUCAGAUUCAAAUUCCAAAUCAUGCUUUAGGGCACGGCCAUCAGGCACCGCUUCCUAACACACAGGUCCUUUUAGAUUCUGCCUGUGAUUUACAGAUUCUUCAGCAGUCAAUCCUUCAAGCAGGUUUAGGACAAGUAAAGGCAUCUUUACAAGUCCAGCGUGUUCAGAGCCCCCAACAAAUAGUGCAUCCUUUUCUUCAGAUGGAUGGUCAUAUUAUUCCAAGCAAUGGCGAUCAUUCUCAGCAGCAACUCCAUCCUCAAAAUUCUGAAAUUAUGAAAAUAGACAUGUCUGAAUCUUCAAAACCAUUACAACAACAUCUAACAACAAAGGGCCAUUUUAGUGAAACAAAUCAACAUGAGUCAAAGAAUCAGUUUGUUUCUCUUGGAUCAAUGUGUUUCCCUGAGGCAAUGCUUCUCAGUGAUGAAAGAAAUAUCUUAUCAAAUGUAGAUGAUAUCCUAGCAGCUACCGCAGCAGCUUGUGGGGUUACACCUUCCGAUUUUUCUAAAUCAGCUUCAAAUGAAACUAUGCAGGCUGUUGAAGGUGGUGAGUCUAAAUCUCAUUUUCAGCAGUCAUUAGAUGUCAGGCAUGUGACUUCAGACUUUAACUCCAUCACAACUACAGUAGGAAAGCCACAGAAUAUAAAUGAUAUUUCCUUAAAUGGAAAUCAGGUUACUGUAAACCUUUCACCAGUACCUACCCUUCAGUCAAAAGUAACUCUUGAACAACAGCGCAUUGAAACACCUGGUCAAAAUAUGCCAACCAAACCAAAUUCAGCAGUAGCUGGAGCAAGUCACGAAGUCCAGGAGCAGAGUUCUGGCCCAUUCAAGAAACAGUCUGCUACCAAUCAUGAAUCUGAAGAAGACAGUGAAGUUCCUGUUGAUAGCACGUUAAACAGUAACAGAAACCAAGAGUUUGCUUCUAGCAGUAGAAGUUUAAGUGGAGAGAGUGCUGCAUCGGAGAGUGAGUUCACCUUAGGCGGUGAUGAUAGUGGUGUGUCAGUGAACCCACCUCGGAGUGCACUUGCACUGUUGUCCAUGGCCCAGCCUGGGGAUGUAAUCAGUGUCAAGACUGAGGAAGAAAACCAAGACUUAACACAUUUUAAUCUUCAAAAGAAAAAGGCUAAAGGAAAAGGACAAAAUAAAGAGGAAGAGAGCAGUAAUCAGAAACAGCUGAAAAGACCUUCCCAUAGCAAACGCCAGAAUCCGAGAGGAACAGAUAUAUAUUUACCAUACACAUCUCCCUCCUCAGAAAGCUGCCAUGAUGGUUAUCAGCAUCAAGAGAAAAUGAGACAGAAGAUCAAAGAGGUAGAAGAAAAACAGCCAGAAGUCAAAACAGGAUUUAUUGCUUCUUUCUUAGAUUUUCUGAAAUCUGGACCUAAACAGCAGUUUUCCACUCUGGCUGUCCGCAUGCCUAACAGGACCAAACGACCAGGGACCCAGAUUGGUCGUACAUUUUGCCCACCACCACUUCCAAAGAGCUCAUCAUCUACAACACCCUUGCCUUUAGUGUCUGAAACUGGAGCUAACAGUCCAUCAGAAAAAGCUGACAACGAACUUAAAAACAUGGAACACUUAUCUUCAUUUUCGUCUGAUGAAGAGGAUCCUGGAGUAUGCAAUAAUGAUAUUUAUAAAAGUAUCUCUACUCCCUUAACUGCUUUGGAUGCUACUUCUGAUAAAAAGAAGAAAACAGAAACCCUACAAGUGGGAACUGCUAGUCCAACUGCCAAUACUACUGGUACUGCUACUAAUUCAUCCACCACUGUGGGUACAGGUAAACAAGAAUCUCUCCACUCUACUUCUUCUGCAAUAAAUAUCCUGGAGAAUACAAGCACUACAGAUCCCUCCAAGUCCAUUGAAGUUGAUGGGCUUCCUUCAGACCAGUUUGCAAAAGGACAAGACACUGUUGCCAUAGAAGGUUUCACUGAUGAAGAAAACGUCGAAAGUGGAGGAGAAGGCCAAUACAGAGAGCGUGAUGAAUUUGUGGUAAAGAUAGAAGACAUAGAGACUUUUAAGGAGGCUUUAAAAACAGGAAAAGAACCCCCAGCUAUUUGGAAAGUACAAAAAGCUUUAUUACAGAAAUUUGUUCCUGAAAUUCGAGAUGGACAAAGAGAAUUUGCUGCCACAAAUAGUUAUCUUGGUUAUUUUGGUGAUGCAAAGACUAAAUACAAAAGGAUAUAUGUGAAGUUCAUUGAAAAUGCAAACAAAAAGGAAUAUGUCAGAGUGUGUUCCAAAAAGCCAAGAAAUAAACCUUCACAAACUAUCAGAACUGUUCAGGCUAAGCCAAGUAGUAGCAAUAAAGCUUCUGAUCCUCCAACAACAAAAACUACAACUACAAAAGCCCCUUCCAUGAAACCCAAAGUUAAACAGCCAAAAGUAAAGGCUGAGCCGCCACCAAAGAAAAGGAAGAAAUGGAAAGAAGAGUUUUCAUCAUCCCAGUCUGACUCAUCUCCUGAGGUCCAUUCUAAUAGUAGUGAUGAUGAGGAAUUUGAUCCACCAGCCCCCUUUGUCACUCGUUUUUUGAACACAAGAGCAAUGAAGGAAACCUUUAAGAGUUACAUGGAGUUGCUUGUUAGCAUUGCUUUGGAUCCUGACACCAUGCAAGCCUUAGAGAAGAGCAAUGAUGAAUUACUUUUACCUCAUAUGAAAAAAAUAGAUGGCAUGCUAAACGAUAACCGAAAGAGACUUCUUUUGAAUCUUCAUUUGGAUCAGCCAUUCAAGAAUGCUUUGGAAAGUUUUCCUGAACUAACAAUAAUAACUCGAGACUCUAAAGCAAAAAGUGGAGGAUCUGUUAUUUCUAAAAUCAAAAUGAAUGGCAAAGCUUACAAUAAAAAAACUUUAAGGACUUCUAAAACGACCACUAAAUCUGCCCAAGAGUUUGCUGUUGAUCCAGAGAAAAUACAGUUGUAUUCUUUGUAUCAUUCACUCCAUCAUUAUAAGUAUCAUGUUUAUCUGAUAUGUAAAGAUGAGAUUUCUUCUGUGCAGAAAAAAAAUGAAGAUUUAGGACAGGAGGAAAUUGUUCAACUUUGUAUGAAAAAUGUAAAAUGGGUGGAGGACCUAUUUGAAAAAUUUGGAGAACUUCUAAAUCAUGUACAGCAGAAAUGUUCCUAACAUUUCUACAAAAAUCCCAUCUUUUUUAUAGCACUAAUGACAUGGCGGAGGGGGGUGGUCAGAGAUAAUCAAGUGUCAAGCAGUGGUCUCCUGCAGGCAUGGAGCUGUCAUCGGGACCCCUGCUAAGGGACAGUGGUGCUGCUAAGGAAAUCAGUCCUUUGGAAAUGGACCUGAAUCCCACCACAUUUUUAUCCUAAUGAUUUUUCUAUUUUGUAAACAGUUGGGUAACUGAGUUUUAUUUUCAGAAAUGUUUUUUGACAAAUGAUGAAGCAUGCACUAAAUAUAAUUUUUUUUAAUUGCUAGAGAAAUAACACUUAAGUAACUUGAUUUUUUUUUAUGGCUCUGGCUAAACACCAGAAUGGAAGAGAGGUGGCAGAAAGCAAAUGUUUGUAUUCUUGUCUGGCCACAAACCGAAACUAGUAUACAUUAUGUAGACAGAUCUGGUGUGAUGUAACAUCCUGUAGGAGAAUAUCAUCAACUUAAAAUAUAAAAUUCAGAAACUGUCUUCUGCUUUAUGGACUCCUUUACUCUUAACAUGUUCAGGAAACUGGAUGUGGAAUUGGUGCAAUUCUGUGACUGCUUUUUGUGUCAAAUUAUAUUGUGAUGAAAAAUCAAUGACAUACUAUUUUCCCUAUCUCGAAGAAAAGUAUUUUUGUUUAUACUGUGUUUUUUCCUUUGGAAAAAUUUCAAUUGUACAUUUUAUUUUACUAAUAGUUGUAUUUUUCACAAGGAAAACAUUGUGGUUAUAAGUAUGUUCUCUGUAUCUGUACUACGCUUCAUUAUUUUCAGUAAAUUUUAUUUAGUUACAUGUUGAAUUUCUAUUGUGGAUUUUAUCUACAUCUGUUCAUACAGAUUUUCUCCAGUGUUAUCCAGAAUAUGCAUUCAGUACUAGAAUUAGUUCAGCUUUAUAAAUGGGGUUGUGUUAAACACUGCAGUUUUCUAAUUCAUAAAAUAAAUUUCUUGCUAAACUAGCACUUGAUUAACUGAUUCGUCAAAAGUCUAACUUUGUGAUAAAUUUUGAAAACUAAAAUUGAUAAUUAGACUAUGCAGUGUUAAACACAGUUCUUCCCUAACUCUUAGAACUGGAAGUGAUAGAAUUCUCUUUUUGGUGCCUUUUCAACCUUUAUACACACUAUUGUAGUUUUCUUAAGUUUAAUGGCUAGUAGCAUUUCAAGUAGUUUAGCUGAGACAGUGAAUGUAUUAGGUUCAACAUGACCUUGUGUUUUAUUUGUGUUUGCCAACAGGAUGCCUUAUUUGUUUGUGAAAAAGAUCUACUAGUUUCAUUCUAAACUAUCUCCUUUUUUAGGAUUCUAAAGAACUUGUUAAACAUCAUACUUUUGUUUAUUUUACCACCAUUUAGUGCCUUAAGUCCUAUUAGGAAAGCAGUGUUACUGCUUACUGCCCAAAUAUGACAUGCUUAUAUGGAUAUUGGUAUUGCUUUUUUGAGUUAAGAAGCCUGUUUCUCAUACUUAAAAGUAUUGGUAAAAUAGCAGAAGAACUGAAGGUAACAUGGGACUUAAUUUAAGAAUAAAAUAUUUGCAUUAUACCAUUGGGUGAAAAAUGAGUAUUUGAGUUAGAUUUACAUAUUUAUUUCUAAUGGUUUUCUUUUUAAAAGCAAUAAUCCUUAAUACUUGUACUUGCCAUUAAACAAGGUACUCACUAAUGGAAGUUUCUCUCAAGGGUAAAAUUUUCCAUUUCUGAAAGUUUUUUAAAACUUAUUUGGGCAGCUGAUUUUGAAAACAAAAGUAACCUAUUAGAUUUAUUUUGCCUAACUCUAUGAGAGGUGCAGAGAAUAUCAACAAUGGGAUCAUCAUGAAAUUAAUUUUGUAAGUGGAGAAGAGUAGGAAGCAGCCAUAAUUCUUUGAUGGUAUUGACUCUGGACAGGAUUGGUUUCUUUCAUUUCCAAAGUGAAGAGUAGGGAAUUAUAUUUCCUAAUGUCAUGUUGUAAGUAUACAUCUUUGCAUCGCUCCCCAGCUUACUUUCCUGAAUCAUAGAUGAUUUAAAUAUCUUUGAAAGUUGCCUUGUGUAUAGAUAACUUUAAAGUAGAUUUUGAAAUCAUAGCCACAUUUUCUACAUGACAGGUCCCAUGGAAAGCAAAGACAUUUCUUUAAAGUUAGUCUUGUUUCCCAUAGCAAAUAAUGAUUUCCUUUUGAAGUGCAGUUACCCUCAAAACUGUUUACAGUUGUGUUCAUUUUAGUUGGCAAAACAAGUGUUUUCAUAAUAUGGGAGGCCAAGUCCUAUUGUACUGCCUUGUAGAGACCCUGUUGGUUAAAUGCAUAAUCAUCUCUUGUUUGAUCCAUACAGCAUAGGUAAAAAUAUCGACCUCAGGCCUUAGAGAAAAGCGGGACUAUUUUGACAACCAUGCUUGAGUCCUCUCCUUGUAUGAAAUUAAGUGAAUACCUAGCUGGUUAGUAUUUACAUUCCUUACCACGGAGCUUGAAAUUUAUAAUAUAGAAAUAACUUUAGGUUGUAGAUAGGAAUAAAGAGGUAAAUAAAGCACAUGUUACCACAACCCAGGAAAAUAUUUUUGAGAAAGAUUGGAUUUUCCUACCUAUAGAGAUUGGAAAUCAUGUAAUGUAAAAAAUCAGUUUGUGAUGAUGUUUAUCACUAGUUCAGAUGAGCGGUUGGAGAAGGGGCCUGGCCUCCUUGUUGUUUUCACUAUAACCUAAUUCCCACUUAUUUGAUCCUUUAAUGGAGUCAUAAAUUUAUAAUAAUUUAUGAAUUAUCACAGUAAGUCAACACUAGAAACUACCCAUUACAGUCUCAAAUAGCAAACAUUGUUAAAGUGGAAAAAAAUCUUAUUUUAAAAUGGCUUAGAAAUUUGUCAGUUUACUUUUUAAAAUUCUAAAGUUAUUUAACUUUCUUAAAUGUAAAAAUAAAAAUAUAUAGAUGACUCAUUCAUUGGACUGUUUUCAAAUAUUUCUUCACAUUUCUUAAAGUGUAAUUUUCUUCCUACAAUACAUAUUUAUUUUCUUUAAAGCAGCUAUAUUCCUACCCAUGACUGAAGAUAGACCCACAGAAACCAAUAUAGCAGCAGGCAUAUGAAGCAACUUUUCCAAAAGUUGCUUGAGAUGUGUAUGUAAGUUGUGAGUUUUAUUGUAUUUGUAGAAUACAAAUUUUGUUUUAAACUGUAUUUCGAACUGUUUCAUGAAAAUGCUUUUCAAAUAGAGUGAAAUAUCCCAGGAUAACUGCUUCUGUGUCAGUUGUACUUGACACAGUAACUGCACAAAUGAACAAUGUACACUAUGGGUUGUACGUUAACUUCUGUGUACAAUUUUUGGCAUCUGUGUUCACAAAUGCAUGUUUUUACAAAUCACUUUUAUUUAUAAGUGACAAUAAUUGAAGUUAAGGAUAUAAAGAAACCUGCAUUUGUAGUCCAGAGUUUUUAAUUGGUCCAUAAUACAAUGUAUGGAAAUGUGAAAGACAAUUUUGUAUAUUUGUUUGCUACUAACUCAGAUUAUUAAAAUGAAAACAGUUUUUUAAACAACAAAAUGAGAAUGGGGUUUUUUUGGCUUUGUUUUUUUAAGAAUUGAAAAAUGAAUUUCUACAUAGCUAAAAGCAUCAUCAUGUUACAGAUAAUUCACACAACACACAUCAUGUUAUGGAUUACUAGAGUUGUUAGGUACAAAUGAUAUGGGGCCAACUCUUUAUUUGUUCUUUUGUAAUUUGUUUUCGUUACAUGGUUAGAAAAUCUUCAGUGCAAUCAAUGAUCUCCAUCAAGAAAUAUUUAACAUCUCUGUUUUCUCUGGUUACUGAGACUACUGUUCGUUUUAGUAUUUUCCACAUAUUUUAGAAAAUCAUUAUUCAUAUUACCCAUAUUGCAAAUCUGAAUGAUAGCACUUAACACUGCACUGUUUUGUAACAUCUUGCUGCUCUGGUUCUUUUAGUACCUUUUUAAAUGUACUUUGUAUCUCAGGCUCUCUGAGCUCAGUUACUUAACUUGCCCCAUCUCCAAGAAAAUGUGCAAAAGAAUAUGUCUACUCUUGUUUUCAAAAUAGAAAUAUUUUGUUAUGAGAAAAACAAUAAGGCUACUCUUGUUUGUUGUUGGGGAAAAAAAAAAAAAACUGUGGGAAAGUUUAAAGAAAAAGAUAUAAAAUACUCUGUACUAGGUCUUGAUGUAGGCCUAAAACAUGCUGUUUCAUUUCCCAGUAUGGUAUAAGUCACAGAUUUAGUAUUAGAUGGCCCCUUAAGUCCACUGCGGCUUCUUAAAAAAUUCCUAGAUUUCAGAGAUACUCACAUUUCAAUGAAAAUAAAAAGCACAUUCCAAAGUGAAAUCAAAAUGAUCUGGGUUAUUGAUCAUUUUAAGUUAUGUGUGUAUCUGUUCUUCAGCUAGGAUGAAUAAUUUAGAGCUGCCUGGUUUCAGAUUAAAGGAAGAUACAAUUACCUGUCAGUCUGUUCUUAAACCUGAUCUAUUGUGUGACAUUAAUCGGAGGUCUGGAA